UGGCCUAUGCUUUUCUCGCGAUACUUUGGUUCAGCCGUGGGAUUUUGGACAUCAAGGGUUGUGGCUGAGGGGGUGAGGUAACAGGAAUUCCUUAAUAUGAGUGAUGAUAAACCUUUCCAAUGUACUGCUCCUGGAUGUGGACAGAGAUUCACAAAUGAAGACCACUUGGCCGUCCACAAACACAAACAUGAGAUGACGUUGAAGUUUGGCCCAGCAAGGAAUGACAGUGUUAUCAUUGCUGACCAAACCCCCACACCCACCCGCUUUUUGAAGAACUGCGAGGAGGUCGGGCUCUUCAAUGAACUUGCGAGUCCGUUCGACCAUGACUUCAAAAAAGCGACUGAAGAUGACAUUAAAAAGUUACCCCUGGAUUUGUCACCUCUUGCGACACCAAUCAUACGCAACAAAAUUGAGGAGCCCACAACUAUAGAGGCACAUCGAGAUAGUCCUCUGCCUCACCCCGAGUCUACUACAAAUGAUGACAAGGACUUAUCUUUGCAGCCAGCCUCACUGCCAACAUCCACUAUAGUCCAUCCUGCAUCCCUCCAAGUUCCCAAUGUACUUCUAGCAACCUCAGAGGCUAAUGUUGUAAUACAGCAAGCUCUCCCAUCGCCAACAUCUAGCUCUGUUAUUACCCAAGUCCCAUCUACUAAUAGGCCUAUAGUCCCGGUGUCUGGUACCUUCCCUGUGCUCUUACAGCUGCCUAAUGGCCAGACCAUGCCAGUUGCUAUACCUGCAUCAAUUACAAGCUCAAGUGUACAUAUUCCAACUACAAUCCCUCUUGUCAGACCUGUCACCGUAGUGCCUAACGUCCCCGGAAUCCCAGGACCUCCCUCGCCACAGCCUCAGCCCGCCCAAUCAGAAGCAAAGCUGAAGCUAAAAGCCACGUUAAGCCAGCAGCUUCCUCAGGUAACCAAUGGAGAUGGUGGUGAAAUCCAAAGCAGUGCUGUAACCCACACUGCCGCUCCUCCUUCUCCUGUCCCGACUCCGACUCCAACUCCAGCCCCGACCGCCGUCCUAUCUCCCGCUCCACCUCCAACUCCUCACCUGCCCACGACUGAGGAACCGUCUUCCCAUUCCCUUCAGCAGCCAGCCACCUCCACCACAGAGACACCUGCUUCCCCAGCUCCCCCUGCACCAAACCCUCCAAGCACAGGGGGUCGGCGGCGCAGAACCACAAGCGAAGACCCCGAUGAGAAGCGCCGCAAGUUCCUGGAGCGGAACAGGGCUGCAGCUUCUCGCUGUAGGCAGAAGAGGAAAGUGUGGGUCCAGUCUUUGGAGAAGAAAGCUGAGGAUCUCAACUCCAUGAACGGACAACUACAGAAUGAAGUCACCCUGCUGAGAAACGAAGUGGCUCAGCUGAAGCAGCUUCUUCUGGCUCAUAAAGAUUGCCCUGUAACCGCCAUGCAGAAGAAAUCUGGCUAUCACAUCUCUGACAAAGAUGAGAGCUGCGAGGAGAUGUCCGUCCCCAGCAGCCCCCAGAACGAGGCCAUCCAGCACAGCUCCGUCAGCACCUCCAACGGGGUCAGCUCCUCCUCCACGACCCCGGCCGUCUCCGCCCCGUCCACCGCCACCACAUCAAACCAGAGCACAGAGGAGAGCCAGCCGCGGCGGGGCGCCACCCAGUCUCAGCCUUCAGGGAGUUGAUCGUCCCAAACCGUGUCAACGCUGGAGCGCCGUCGCCUCUUCAAUCCCCCACCGACAGACAGAGGAGAAGGGAUUCUCUCUCGGUUUCAGUUCGGACCGUCCUGUUUUUAAUUUAUUCCUGAUUGGUUUGAUUUAUUUCUUUGGUCCAUUUUGAAUUUCAUAAGCAAUGGUUUUUUUAAAAAAAUGCAAUGUUUUCUCUGGAAUUGGUGAAGACAAAAGAACAGGCACUUUAGGUGUAUGAUGUAAAACAUGUGGUUCUUAACUGUUUUUGUAUUUGUGUGACUUAUUUAUUAAUCUUAUAUAUUUUUUUAUUUAAAAGUGAUCAGCAGAAACGGUUGAUCAGUGAAUUGUUGGCGACUUUACCAAAGUGUGUUGUGGCUCAUUUGUAAUUUGUUUGCUUCUUUUUUGUUGUUGUUGUCAUGAAUUUUGUAAGCACUAUCUUUAUGAUGAAGUUAAUUAAAGAACAGACACUUCUUUUUUUUUUAUUUGCUUUUUCCAUUUUGCACAUAUUUGAGAGAUAACGGGUUUACUUUGUAGAGGUUUGACAGUCCACACAUUAAGUACUGGCAGCUUUUUAGAAGUAGAUUUGAAUACUGUCACAUCACACAAAUGUAAAUCAGAUUUUAAACUUUUCUGUGAGUGAGAUCAGCUGUAGUCGCAUCGUGCAGUUUGAAUGUUUGAGCUCGCCUCUGCUUGUAAAAUAGUCUUACGGAGGCGAGCUGCUUAGAAAUGUGUGUUCUUUCAUUAACAUUCCAUCUGUAGUCUGAUUGUUCCUGAAGCAGUGAUUGUAGGAUUGCAGUACCUUUUCCAUUACUCAAUCAUGGUGAUGUUGACUUCAUUCGGUGCCAUUAAUGUUUUUGUAUAACUGACUUCCGUACAUUUUUAAUGCAGAUUAGCUUGAGUUGAUUGCUGUUUCUCUCAGAUUUUAAGGGUCUCAUGAACAUAUUUGCUCUGUAGAGGAGAUUUCUUGCUUUGUAUACUGUCUUUGCUUUCCAAGUGACUCUUUCUGGCUUCAGUGUCUAAUGCAGAACACUUAAGGACAUUAUGCUGUUUUCAUGAUUGCAGUUCUAGCCGGCAUUUUUAGAAAACAUUGUAAAUAACAUUGAUGAUACAUUGUACGUGAUCUUUCUUGGUAUUAUGUACUUUGUUUUUAUAGGAUUGUCUGGAUUCAGUAGCUGAGCCCUUUUGAUCACAUGAACUCUGUAAGCAGUUAAAAACUGACCUUAACAAUCUUUCAUUAGGAUACGCCUCCUCUGGACUCUGUAGGUUAUUGUGUAAAAAUAAAAGCAUUCAGGUGUGAACUGGAAUCACAUCGUGUAUAUUAAGAGUUCCACUACAACAGCUCUGUAAGACUUGUGAGCAUUUCAUCAUUGAAAUAAUUGUAAGAAGCAAACCACACCAUGAAGUCAGUUUUGCCUUUUCUCUUAGUCUGUACUGGCUUACUACUGUGUAGUUUUACGAGAAGCUAACACAUUGUUUUCUUAAAAUAGGGUUUUUAAAGUUUUACUGUUAUGUGCUAUCUGCAUGAGAUAAUAAUUCUCUGCGAGAAUUUAACUGUUUAUUUGAUAAUGUCUGAGAUAAAUAUCAUUAAACAAGUUAUUACAACUUGAGUUGUGGACAGCUUUGGUUAUUUGUUUUACCUUGGCUUCACUGCUAAAAGCGGGGUGUGAUACUGUGUUGAAAGUGUACUUGUAACGUGAAAGUUCUGUAUAAAAUUUGAAUUGAUAAGUUGUUGUAAUAAACCUUUUAAUAUCUCUUUAAAAA